UCCAGCAACCUUUGCACAACCUAUACCUGCCAUUUCCUUAAUCUUGGAAAUGGCUAACAAAAAUGAACCUGUCCAUGUUAAAAUGUGACGUCUGAGGAGAAAAACAUCAGUUUUGACAUAUUCUAAAUAACCAGAAGAGCCAAAUCUCAGGAAGCAGGAAAACAUGGGGUCUGCUACACACAUAGUGUGUGUGUUGCUGUGUUUUUGGGUCUCGGGAUCAUGCAUCACACUCCAGACCGUGGGCCCAUGUACGGUCAACAGAGAGACGGCUGCUUUUGACUGCAGUGGGAAAAGACUUACAUCGGUACCAAAGCACAUCUGGAUGAAUGUAACCGAACUGGACCUGUCUGACAAUCUGUUAGACUUAACCCACAGUGACAGCUUCAAGCGCCUCAACCUUUUCAGCCACUUAGUCUCACUGAAUCUAUCAGGAAACUACCUCCCCCUACUGUUAAAAGACCAUCUCUACAGUCUUUCUUCUCUUAAAAUACUAGACCUGAGUAGGUGUAAACUUGCCGCAGUGGAGGCAAAUGCUCUGGUCAAGCUUUCCAGUUUACAGAUGCUCCUCCUGGAGGACAUUCAGUCGACUGCAUUCAAAGACCUGAAACUGAGUCAGUUUGUGGAACAGAAUAACAGACAGAAAGUGGGAGACAGAGGAAUGAUGAUCAGAGCAUCAAAAGGCAUGGCACAGGAUGACCACAAUGAUGGAUAUUUUAAGGAUGUCAACUACGGAGCCUUCCUACGUAAACUACUCACAGUGAAUACGACACCUACAAACAAUACAACAAAAAAUGGCACAGAAACAAAAACAGAGGUUAAUCCCAAAACAUCUUCAGAAAGCUGGAAGGUCUUUGUGGCUGUUCUGGGGUCAGCUAUCACCCUCUCUGUCCUUAUUGCUGUGAUGGCAAAAUGCAAAGUCGUGCACAAGUAUCUGGCGAGCUACAGACACUCCAGGCUCAGCGAAGUAGACGCCACGAGUCAGUGUGACCCUGGCAAUUUUGAGGUGGGAUUCUCGACCCAGGGUGGCCCAGGGACUCGCUCAUCUGCCCCUACUCAUGACAUCGAGGCAGAUGACGACGGGUUUAUUGAAGACAACUAUAUUCAAGCAAGUGAGAGUGAGAGAGCCACAAGAGCAGCAGCACUGACUGAUGAUGAUGAUGAGGAGGAAGAGAUUGAAUUUAGUAUUGGCUAGCACUAUUAAGUCUAAUGUUGUUCAAUCUUAUUUAUAAUAACUUGCAUUAAGCAGUCAGUAACAAACAUUCAAUGCUCUAUAAUCACUAAACUAUUCAUAUUACGUGGUGUAAUAUUUCCAACGAAAUUCAUAUAUUUUGACAUAGAUGUCCAAAUAGUUUCUAGGGCCACUUUUUUUUUUUUUUUCAACAUUUAUAAAAUUUAGGUUAUUAAAGUGGAGGUUAUUAAAUAUGUGAAUCAAUGUUGAAUGACAAUUGAAUGUACAGUAGGCCUCACAAAAUAGUGAUAUGUUAAUCAUUUUAUACAAUGGAAUGAUUGUUAAUGAAAGUUAUUAUUAUUAUUAUUUUUUCAACUGGUAAUAUUAAAAAUCAAUAACAUUAAAA